GUACAGGUACCAAAAUGAUACUUUGUUUUCCAUUCUGGUAAAGGAACAGAAUUCCUGACCGGCCACGGUGACGAAGAGCGUCCUAGAACAAUCUAGAAUUUCCCGUCGUCGUUGCCCUAGUGCAGCUAUAAAUAACUGCACUGCAGGAACCCGAUCGUCAAUUCAGUACUACUCCGCUCUUCAAAUUUUUGUUCACGAUCUGUGAAAAUUUCCGGUGAUUCUUGGGAUUUGCAUCGCCACAACAAUGGCCGCGGAAGCAGAGACGUUCGCCUUCCAGGCGGAAAUCAACCAGCUGCUCAGUCUGAUCAUCAAUACCUUCUACAGCAACAAGGAGAUCUUCCUCCGCGAGCUUAUCAGCAACUCCUCCGACGCUUUGGAUAAGAUUAGGUUCGAGAGCUUGACGGACAAGUCCAAGCUCGAUGGACAGCCGGAGUUCUUCAUCCGCAUUAUCCCGGAUAAGGCCAGCAAUACCCUGACCAUCGUCGACAGUGGCGUCGGCAUGACUAAGGCUGAUUUGGUGAACAAUUUGGGUACGAUUGCGAGGUCUGGAACCAAGGAGUUCAUGGAAGCAUUGCAGGCUGGAGCUGAUGUUAGCAUGAUUGGACAGUUCGGUGUCGGUUUCUACUCGGCUUACCUUGUUGCCGAGAAGGUUAUUGUGACCACGAAGCACAAUGAUGAUGAGCAGUACAUCUGGGAGUCUCAGGCCGGUGGUUCUUUCUCCGUGACCAGAGAUGUUGAUGGUGAGCAGCUCGGCAGGGGAACCAAAAUGGUUCUCCAUCUGAAGGAAGACCAGCUUGAAUACCUCGAGGAGAGGAGGAUCAAGGAUCUAGUGAAGAAGCACUCCGAGUUCAUCAGCUACCCAAUCUACCUCUGGACCGAGAAGACAACUGAGAAGGAGAUCAGCGAUGAUGAAGAUGAAGAUGAGCCCAAGAAGGAAGAAGAAGGUGCAGUCGAGGAAGUUGAUGAGGAGAAGGAAACUGAAUCCAAGAAGAAGAAGAAAAUCAAGGAGGUCUCUCAUGAGUGGGAGCUCAUCAACAAGCAGAAACCCAUCUGGCUGAGGAAGCCUGAGGAGAUCACCAAGGAAGAGUAUGCCUCGUUCUACAAGAGCAUCACCAACGACUGGGAGGACCAUCUUGCCGUGAAGCACUUCUCUGUUGAGGGCCAGCUUGAGUUCAAAGCCAUCCUCUUUGUCCCCAAGCGUGCCCCAUUCGACCUCUUUGACACCCGCAAGAAGGCCAACAACAUCAAGCUCUAUGUCAGGCGUGUUUUCAUUAUGGACAACUGCGAGGAGCUCAUCCCUGAGUUCCUUGGCUUUGUCAAGGGUGUGGUUGACUCUGACGAUCUCCCACUCAACAUCUCCCGUGAAAUGCUCCAGCAGAACAAGAUCCUGAAGGUCAUCAGGAAGAACCUGGUUAAGAAGUGCAUUGAGAUGUUCAAUGAGAUCGCUGAGAACAAGGAGGACUACAACAAGUUCUACGAGGCCUUCUCCAAGAACUUGAAGCUUGGCAUCCAUGAGGACUCCCAGAACAGAGCUAAGUUGGCUGACUUGCUGAGAUACCACUCCACCAAGAGCGGUGAAGAGUUGACCAGCUUGAAGGACUAUGUCACCCGCAUGAAGGAGGGGCAGAAAGAUAUCUUCUACAUAACAGGAGAGAGCAAGAAGGCAGUGGAGAACUCUCCCUUCCUCGAGCGCCUCAAGAAGAGAGGGUACGAAGUCCUCUUCAUGGUUGAUGCAAUUGACGAGUAUGCUGUUGGUCAGCUCAAGGAGUACGACGGGAAGAAGCUGGUCUCCGCCACCAAGGAAGGGCUCAACCUGGACGAUGAGACUGAGGAAGAGAAGCAGAAGAAGGAAGAGAAGAAGCAAUCCUUCCAGGAGCUCUGCAAGACCAUCAAGGACAUCCUCGGCGACAAGGUCGAGAAGGUGAUUGUCUCAGACCGCAUCGUCGACUCCCCUUGCUGUCUCGUCACUGGAGAAUACGGGUGGUCUGCCAACAUGGAGAGGAUCAUGAAGGCACAGGCUUUGAGGGACAGCAGCAUGGGAUCCUACAUGUCGAGCAAGAAGACUAUGGAGAUCAACCCGGACAAUGGCAUCAUGGAGGAGCUGAGGAAGAGGGCCGAGACCGACAAGAACGACAAGUCCGUCAAGGAUCUUGUCCUGCUCCUGUUCGACACCGCCCUGCUUAACUCCGGCUUCAGCCUCGAGGACCCCAACACUUUUGCCAGCAGGAUUCACAGGAUGCUGAAGCUGGGUCUCAGCAUUGACGAGGACGAAGCUGCCGAUUCUGAGAUGCCGCCGUUGGAAGAUGAUGCCAACGAGGAGAGCAAGAUGGAGGAGGUCGACUAAGGCGUUUGUGUUUCGAUGGAGAGCUAUGAACGACAUUGGUAGUAGUUAGUUUUCUGCAAUCUUGUUGCCGGUUCUAGUUGUAGGCUUGUCUGGUUUCCAUUUGGUACUACUUUCUGUUUAGCUUUUGGAAUUUGGAUUUUGACUUUUGAGGAGAGGCUGAUGGGUUGAGAUCUUUACGUCUCACCUGGUUUUGGGAUAGUUUGAUCAGCUGUGUUAUUAGUCUUCUCUCGAGGAAUCGGAUGCUAUGAUAUUAUAUAUAUAUGGGGUAUAAUUAUUUUUGUUUCUGCCUUUAUAUUCUUUGAUCGUGUUUCCUUAUCCAAACAAAUAUAAUCGAGCUCUGUUGUAACAGAAAAUACACAACCAUCCUGAUUUCCCACUCGAGUCUUGAUAUCAUAUAUUACAGGAUUUCUUGGACAAGAAGUUACGUACCACGUUCACUCUGCUAACUAACAAGUAACAGGGUCUUAGUCUAAUUUACCUCUAGGUCUCUACGUACAGCUACGUAACAAAAGGGAGAUAACAUCUGAAACACCUCAACAUAGAGUUGAGGUGUUACAAACAUGUUUGUAGUUAAUGAUGGAAUUGUGUCGUUUGUAAUUAUAGCAACAAAAGUCAUAUGACGAGCUAAUUCGAAAUGCUCGAUUGAUCAAGAAGAACGUCGACUCAUCAAACCUCGCUCAUAUAGGUUUAGCAUCUUCUUAUUUAGAGCUUCACUAUCGAGUGUUACUCCGUGGGUUCCUUCGUCUGCCAAAAAUUGACCCGGAAUAAACCCACCCAAAUUGGGGUUUAAUGGACUUAAUCAUUGUUGAAGAAUAGCCUCAACCCAAAUCCGUGAUAUGUAGCCUUCAAAAUCCAAAGAAAAUGUCCUUUCGUCGCAAAAAAAAUUACGAAAAUGCCAUCCGAAAAUAAAUUGGCUCAAACCGGUGCUUAAUGGACUUAUCAUCCGUGGAGAAUAGGAUCAAUAGACUUCAUUAUCGGUGGAGACUUCAUUUCGAAAAAAUCGAUCGAAAUCUGUGUGGUUCCCCUUUGGAUCUUCCAAAAAUUGACCCGGAAUAAAUCCGCCGAAAUCGGUGCUUAAUGGACUCAAUCAUCGUUGGAGAAUAGCCUCAGGCCGAAUCCGUGAUCCGUAGCCUUCAAUAUCCAAAGAAAAUGGCCGUUCGUCGCUCAAGAAAUUACGAAAAUGCCAUCCGAAAAUAAAUUGGUCCAAAUUGAUGCUUAACGGACUUAUCAUCCGCUGAGAUUGGGAUUAAUAGACUUAAUUAUCGGUGGAGAAUAGCCUCGGCCUGAUUCUGGGAUCUGUAGCCUCCAGAAUCGAAAGAAAAUGGCAUUUCGGAUAAAUCGCCAAAAAUCUGUGAUGGUACCCCUUUGGAAUCUGCCAAAAAUUGAUCCAGAAUAAAUCCUCCCAAAUCGGUACUUAAUGGACUCAAUCAUCGUAGGAGAAUAGCCUCAGGCCGAAUCCGUGAUCUGUAGCCUUCAAUAUCCAAAGAAAAUGGCCUUUCGUUGCCCAAAAAAUUACGAAAAUGCCAUCCGAAAAUAAAUUGGCCCAAAUUGAUGCUUAACGGACUUAUCAUCCGUGGAGAAUAGGAUCAAUAGACUUCAGUAUCGGUGGAGAAUAGCCCCGGCCGGAUUCCGUGAUCUGUAGCCUCCAGAAUCGAAAGAAAAUGGCAUUUUGGAUAAAUCGCCCGAUAUCUGUGAUGGUAAUCCUUUGGAAUCUGCCAAAAAUUGACCCGGAAUAAAUCCGCCCAAAUCGGUGCAUAAUGGACUCAAUCAUCGUUGGAGAAUAGCCUCAGGCCGAAUCCGUGAUCUGUAGCCUUCAGUAUCCAAAGAAAAUGGCCUUUUGUCGCCCAAGAAAUUACGAAAAUGCCUUCCGAAUAAAUUGGCCCAAAUCUA